AUGGUGAACGUGUGGCAGCCGCCUAACCUGUACGAGCUGUGCCCGGCGUACACUAAUGUCACCGCGUGUACCCCUUUUGCGUUGAUGUACCUCGAGUUGCUGGUGAAGCUGUUUGGUUCAGCGCCGGACCAUGCUCCUGAGGCUGUGGAUGCAGAAACCUACGAUUUCAUCGUGGUAGGAGCUGGCUCAGCGGGAUGCGUGGUCGCAAACAGGCUCAGCGCAAUCGAAGAGUGGAAGGUGCUACUCUUAGAAGCAGGUCCAGAGGAACCUGAUAUCACAUCGGUGCCAGCUCUGUCCACGGCACUCCUGAGUUCGAACAUCGAUUGGCAGUACAAGACAAUGCCCAGCCAUGUUGCCUGCCUGGCCUUUGAGAACCAACAGUGCAGAUGGCCGAGGGGUAGAAUGAUGGGCGGCUCGAGCUCUAUCAACUCGUUCGUGUAUAUCCGCGGGAACAGGCUGGACUACGACGGCUGGGCGCGGCGCGGCAACACAGGAUGGAGUUACGAUGAGGUAUUACCGUAUUUCAAGAAAUCUGAAAGGAAUCUGAAUAUAGAAGGGCUAAAUCGAAUAUACCACGGCGUCAAAGGAGAACAGGCCGUAUCCCGAUUCCCCUACGUGGACGACCCUUCCAUUAUGAUCACCGAGGCCUUCGUCGAAAGGGGGCUACCUUUGAAUGACUACAACGCCGCCAUACAGUACGGAACCAUGCAGGCUCAAGCCAUCUCUGAGGAGGGCCAAAGGGCUUCCACCAACAGGGAGUUCAUCAAACCCAUCAGAUAUAAGCGGCAUAACCUAAGCAUCAGAACAGAAGCCGAAGUUAUCAAAAUACUUUUUGAUGAAAAUAAAAGAGCUUCAGGUGUGCAAUACAUAAAAGACGGUCAGAUAUACACAGCCUAUGCAACUAAAGAAGUCAUCGUCAGCGGUGGAGCUAUUAAUUCUCCACAACUACUAAUGCUUUCUGGAAUCGGACCUAGAGAACAUUUAGAGGAUCUGCACAUACCAGUGAUUGCCGAUUUACCAGUCGGGGAAAAUCUUCAUGAUCACGUUACUUUUAACGGUAUUAUAGUAGCAUUGCCAAAUGAAACCGCUACCACUGUCAGCCAGGAUGAGAUUAUUCAGGAUAUAUAUGACUACAAAGAGAUGGAAGUGAAAAGAGGUCCUCUAUCUGGGAAUGGUCCGGUGAACAGUGUGUCCUUUUAUGCAACACAAUUCGGCUUGCCGGCUCCCGACAUCCAAGUACAGGUAGACAGUGUAAACUGGGAAGAAUAUAUAAGAGAACCGACUGUUUAUGAUAGUUUAACUAUCUUCCCGACUGCGUUCUAUGAUGGAGUCAUUCCUAGAGUCAUGAACCUUGUACCAAAGAGUAGAGGCCGAUUGCUUCUCAACGCGAGUGAUCCUUACGGACAUCCAUUGAUUUGGUCUGGUUAUUUGACUGAUCCGCAUGAUGUAGAAGUGCUAAUAAGGGGUGUGAAAGAGGUAUUGUCUUUGGAAAGUAGUUAUGCUUUUAGAUCCAGAGGUGCUCACUUCGUUAGGACCCCUCUGUCAGCCUGCCAGCACUUCUCUUGGGGGACUGACGCGUACUUCGAGUGUUUGGCGAGGUCUUAUACGUCUAGUCCUUACCAUCCUGUGGGGUCUUGUAAAAUGGGUCCAGCGGAUGAUCCGACAGCAGUGGUGGAUCCCAGGCUCAGAGUGUAUGGAGUCUCGGGGUUGAGAGUGAUUGAUGCGUCUAUAAUGCCGCAAGUGAUUAGAGGCAAUACUAAUGCUCCGUCGAUUAUGAUUGGGGAGCGAGGAGUAGCUUUAGUUUUGGAAGAUUGGAAACAUAACUAGUGAGCAAAAUGAGCAUUGAAAAAGAUACUUAACUUAGGGCCACUUGCACCAUCCCACUAACCCGGGGUUAACCGGUUAAGCCUGGAGUCACCAUGGUUACCAGUACAAUUUGACACUGGGUUAACGGUUUAACCAGUUAACUCCGGGUUAGUGGGAUGGUGCAAGUGGCGCUUAUGUAUCUAACUUACCUAAGUCAUUACAGUGCUGUUGAACGCACGCAGUGUAAUUUACAGAACAAUUAAAGAUAUAAAGUAAGUAGAUGGAUCUAUGAAUGAACCAUGCACAUGUUUUCGAGCCCCGAUGCACAUGUUUUCGUCUAGUGAGACCAUUUUUGAUGUUCUCGCGUUUGUUCAAAAAUAAUGUUUUAGUUUAAAAAUUACUAAUAUUUAAUGCUUUUACUAAUGUAAUUUAAUUUUAUAUGGUAAUACUCUGCAAUAACUAAAUCCAAAUACAAGAAUACCGUUUGUACUGAAAGAAAAAAAAUACGGAUUUUUUAUUUUUUUAUUUACGGGUAGGAUUACAGCAUAUGUGAAAAGGGCUAUUACUAGGGAAAGCAACAGGGCUCUGCCAAUGUACUGACAAUUUUGUUUCGAGCCAUGCAUGGGCUCUAGGAGUACUGUAGGAGUGCUGUAGGAGAGGACAAUAUGAUUUGGACAACGUUUUUGAAAACUACGUUUUUUCAGCAAUAAAAGCCUCAUGCAAUUUUAUUAUACGAUCAAAAUAAACUACAUUAAACAUUACUAUUAUGGUUCCCAUUACUGGGUCAUUUUAUGUUCAUGUGUAAAAUUUAUUAAAAUAAUUGCGUGCAAAAUUGUUGCGUGGAACUAGACGAAAUAAUUUGCAUCGGGGCUCGUACUAUCCAACUAUAGUCCAAAAGCUCCCAAAUAUGGUGCAAAAUUUACUUGAAUAACUUCAUUCACGUGAAUUGUGUAAUUUCGUAAAAACUAGUGCCUACGCCAAUUCACGGGAUUAGGCCCCAGGCUCCCAAGAGCGUGGCAAAUUGUCGGGACAACGCGAGGAAGGUGAUGACGUGUAAAUAAGUAUUAGGUAGUAGUUCUUUAGCAAAAUAUGUUUAAUAGAAGAAAAAACCGGCCAAGUGCGAGACGGACUCGCGCACGAAGGGUUCCGUACCAUAACGCAAAAAACUAAAAAAGAAUAACACGUUUGUACACAGUACCUAUUCUUUAAAAAUAAAAUGAUGUCGACUUAUAUCAUUCAUAAUUGGCUCUAUCAUUUAGGUCAGCGGUCGGCAACCUUUUAGCAGCCAAGGGCCACAUAGUACUUAGUUAAGAAAGUUGACGUGGGCCGCACUUUUGUUAAUAUGUGUGACCUUAUCAGAUAUCGUUGUUUGACAAUAUUACAUGCGAAAUAGCCAGGAGGGCUCGCGGGCCGCUUGUUGCCGACCGCUGAUUUAGAUAUUCAUGUUAUUACUCUUUCAAAAUUGUUCAUUAAAUGCGUUAUUAAUUCUCGAUAGUUAUUAAACUUCAGGAAUUUAAUUAGUUAAUUUACUUACUGUACCUAAUUAAACUUAUAUUUUUCUUUGAGUUUUCACUUUUCCACAGUUAAUAAACAUGUUUGUGAUAAUUUGUGAUCUA